CACUUUCUGACGCUAACAAUUCAUUGCAUACCAUACUUUAGCUACGCAACAAAGCUACGCCAACACAUUCUUUAGAAGAGGAAACAACAUGUACUUGACGCCUUGAAGGAAUAACCGGAAAUACACAUUCCCUUUUUUUGAAAUUGUGCCGCAAAGGAAUAGGACAUGACAGAUGGCGGCCAGAAACACAAGUCGUCGGCGGCAUUCCACUUCGCAGCCGGUCUGGGCUCCGGUGUGACAAGCGCCUUCCUCCUCCAACCCGCCGACCUCCUCAAGACCCGAGUGCAACAAUCGCCGAGUGGAUCCCUUUCAAUUGCCCUCAAGACUGUCCUCGCAGGACCUUCUCCAAUCCGGUCGUUAUGGCGCGGCACCACACCCUCAGUGAUUCGCACAGGAGCAGGCUCAGCCCUCUAUUUCGGCAUGCUCAACCAACUACGUCGCGCAACCUCUAUAACAACGACAGGCCUUGAUGGCAAGUCAACCACAAAACUGAGCAAUGGCGCGAAUCUGGCUACAGGAGCUGCGGCACGAGCUUUGGCUGGAUUCGUCAUGAGUCCGGUUACCGUGUUGAAGGUGAGGUAUGAGAGCAGUUUAUACGCCUAUACCUCUCUCUCUUCUGCCGCAAAGGACAUCUUCAAAACCACGGGCGCAAAAGGCUUCUUUGCUGGUUUUGGCGCAACAGCAAUCAGAGAUGCGCCAUACGCAGGGCUAUACGUGCUUUUCUACGAGCAGUCCAAGAUAACCAUCUUUGGACACCUGAACCUCGCAACCCCGAUCUCCAACUUUGGGUCUGGAGUACUAGCGGCGGCAGCAGCGACGGCGGUUACAAAUCCUUUUGACGCUGUUAAAACGCGUCUGCAAUUGCAGCCAGAGAGGUAUAGGAAUGCGGUUUCUGCGGCGAGGAAAAUGAUAGCGGAGGAAGGGGCUAUGUGUUUGUUUGACGGGCUGGGGAUCAGGAUGGCGAGGAAGGCUGUUAGUUCUGCGUUGGCGUGGACGGUGUAUGAGGAGUUGAUCCGGAGGGCGGAGGAGAGGAUUGUGGUGUAGAGCAUAUGACGAUCUUGGCUUCUUCUUUGCAACAUCAGCCUUGGAACAGGGCUGUACAGUUAUGCUCAGGAGUUGUGGACCGGGUGCGAUUGCCGUUUGGAGGUGUGUUUGGGAGUAGCUCUUGCCUGUUUAAAAGUCCACUUUUGGCUGCUGAUGUUUACAGCUCUUGUUCUCUUCACCCAGCCUCUUUCUAUUCGCAACACAAGUUACAAGUUCAUCUUCA